CGCUUGGAAACGGCGGUGCCAAAAAAUGGCGGCGACAACUCUAUCUUCAUCUUCUUCUCUGUCGAUUCAUCUCCUCCACCAACUUCGCCGACCGCAACCGCCGUCACCGCCGACUCCUUCUCCUCUUCUCUCUCUAUUUCUUAACCCGCACUGUGCCCCCGCCGCCACCGCCAAGUUGAACGCACUUUCGUUACCUCCGUCACCCCCGAAAUCGGCUGUCCGAUUCCGAGCCCUAGUUUCCAAUCCAACCUCCUUGUCUUCCGUCUGUUAUCUCCUCGCUUGCUCUCGUCCUCUCUCCUCUUCCUCGUCCUUUGUGGCAUUCACCCAAACACCUUCUCUGCAUCCGGAGGCAUCGACCGAUGGAGACGACGGAGACGAGGGCACCGAGCUUCUAGAAGAAGAAGAGGACAGCGACGACGGAGACGAGGGAAGGGAGCUUCUAGAAGAAGAAGAGAAAGAAGAAGUGCCAGAACCAGCCUAUCGACAGCCAGUGACGGCCGGGAAAGUGCCCGAUUUGAGUGUGAAGGAGAAGAAAGAGCUUGUGUCGUAUGCCCACAGCCUGGGGAAGAAGCUCAAGUGUCAGUUGGUCGGCAAGUCCGGGGUAACAGACAAUGUGGCGGCUUCGUUUAUCGAGACGCUUGAAGCCAACGAGCUUCUCAAGAUCAAAAUACACAGGACUUGUCCUGGUGAGCUAGAUGAAGUUGUGAAGCAACUGGAGUUGGUCACCGGAUCAGUUGUUGUUGGUCAGAUUGGUCGGACCAUAAUCAUAUACAGGCCCAGCAUUACCAAAAUGAAGGCAGAGGAGAAGAAGAAGCAGGCUCGCAGGGUGUUUGUCAGAAAAGGAGCUGGUGCCAAUCCGUUGAUCUUGAAGAAAGGUCGACCGUCCAGACUCACUGGACGUGUUCGUCGUGGCCGCACCCGGGUUUAAGAUCUGACUCAUUGUUUGGUCUAUUAUCCCUGUUGAACAUCUAAAGCAAGCACAUCGUCCUUUGUUCCGUCGCCUUACUCUGUGAUGGCAGGUUCUCCCAUAGGGAAAUGGGAGUUUCACACAACACACAUCUUGGAGUGCCAUCUGGAUUGUGGGAGUGCUUGUUUCGACUAGAGACUAAACAUGCAACAGUGCGGUCAUUAAGUCGGUUUAUGGGGAAGCAAAUGAGAUCAUAUCAUGCUGUUUGGUAGUA